AUGAGCCACUCUGAAGUAUCGGUUGAAUCAUACUCCACUACACCAAUCGUAUCCUCGAGAACAUCAUCAACCUCAAGUUCUCAAAAUGACAAUUGGGUGCAUAUGGAUGAAGAAGCAGCAUGGAGAAGAUUACAGGGAUCAUUAGAAGAGUCAUUUAUACAAGAGGCAAGAGAGCCGAAAAUACAAGCAAUGCAACAAUUGAUAGAGAAAGAGCAGGAAGAGGCAGUAUUGGAUGCGUUGGGAAUUGAAGAUGAAUUGAUCAUAAAAGAGGUGGAUUCAACAAUCAAAUGUGAGGAUGUGGAAGAAGAAGAUAGGAUUGAUGUAUGGUGUCGAUAUUUACGGGUCUUAUCACUGGAUGCAGCGCCUUCCACAUCGCUUUUAUCAAGUCCCGUAUGUCCCACAGUUUCUACAUUUUCACCAGAAUCAUUAUUGGAGAACCUUGAUAGUAUUGAUUUACCACCCCAUAAAGAUGAAGAUCAAGUGAAAUUGGAUAUACAGCGAUCAUUUACUAUAUUAAAUCACAUACAAUCUGUUGUGCACAACACAUCUAUACCAACAGUGACAUCCUCCUCAUCCUCAGUGACGUCAUCGGUUCAAAUUACCGAGCAAUUAGAAAAGGGUUCAUCUUUUGCAACCAUUUUAAGCACAUCAGAUAUAAACUCAUUGAAAAAGAUUUUGUCAAAUUUGAUCAUCAAAGUGUUGAGGAAAUACCCUAGUUUAAACUAUUAUCAGGGUUAUCAUGAUAUUGCUAGUAUUAUAUUACUUGUAUGUUAUAAAGCAAAUCAUAAUGAAUUGAUUGAAGAAGAUAUUAAUCAAGACUUGGCUUUCAAACUAUUAGAAAAAUUGACGAUAUUACAUCUAAGAGACUUUAUGGUAACUGAUAUAAACUUGUCAGUUGAUCAUUUACGAUUAAUCCCAGCAAUAAUAGAGUCAAUUGAUGAACAAUUGUUUAAGUUGAUUAAACAAACAUCAAGUUCUUAUCAGACAUUGAAUGGACACUUUGACUAUAAAUUUUUCCAACCAUUAUCAUCAAUCUUGACAUUUUAUUCUCAUGACUUGACGAAUUUAUCUCAUAUUUUACACAUUUGGGACAUGGUAUUGAGUCAUAACACAGUGCUUAUAAAUGUUUACAUCUAUGUGUCUUCUAUAAUCGCUUUGAAACCCAAAAUUUGGGAUGCAUUGAAUUUGGAUCCCGAACAGGAGGAAUUUACAUCUAUUGAUUCUGAUUUGGUCCACACUUAUCUUUCGCCGACAAGACUAUUUGACGAAUUAACUGAUUCUGAUUUCAAAAAGAUACUCAAUAAAGCAGGAGAGAUUUGUGAAACGUAUCCACUCGAAAAACUCGUAAAUUAUGAUCAAACUUGGGGUAAAUGGUUUGAAGAAUAUAACCAAAACUCAGUUUUAUUGACUACAUCGUCGCCUACACUUAGUCUAAGCGAAAUCGAUGAAAAGUACAGCUCGUUAUUCUCUAGUGAAGAUAAAUUGACUGAGCUCAUACGCACUCAAGACGAUGAAAUACAUAAACAAGUUCUUGAUGAGUUGCAGGAACAGCAGCAAUUACUCAAACAACAAGAAGAGGAGGAACUCAUACACAAUUCUCUCCUGUCUUCAUACGAAGAUGAAUCAGAUAUUGAAAGUUCCAACUUGAAUUCUCUAAGCUCAUCAUUGACAUUAAACACAUCGCAAUCAAUUCAUAAAUUUACGUCAUCAAGGUUAUUCAAAUCGAUAUUCACAACAGAUGAAAACAAUGAUAAUGAUAAUACCGAUAAGAGCAACAACACCGUGGGUAGGUCUUGGACAUGGCUCAAAUGGAGCAAUUUCUAUAAAGUGUCAAUCACAGUUGGAGUCAUCGGAGUUUUUAUUCAUUUACUAAUCACUAAAAAUUAUGAUUACAAGUAUAUAUUGAAUGGUGAGGUGAUUAAUGAUGUAAAGGAAAAUUUAGUUAAUGUUGGCUCAUUUAUUGGUAGGAUGUUUUCUGGUACUACGUCUAUUGCGUCGCUGAAGAAUAUACUUCAAGUUGGAACAGGAACGUUACAAAACACAAUAUAUCGAUUUGAAUAA